AUGAGCAGUCUUUCCAGACUUAAAUCACGCAUUUGCAAACCAGCAGCUCGGAAAAAGUUACACAUUUUUUGCGACGAACAGAGUUACGCUGAUAAUUUGACUCGUCUGUACAUAUACAAUCAGCUGGACGGAAAAAACACAAACGAGAAAAACGCAUAUAGAGAAAAUGUAAAUAAAUAUGUGGGGAAAGUAUCAGCACAUUUAAAAAUUAACAAAGGGAAUGGUAACAUCCUAUUUUCCGUUCCCACCUUUUUGGACAUUUUUUUCUUUAAUUAUUUCAAACUUAAUCACAAGGCGAAAUUAGUUUUUCUGUACAGCGUGCUCAACAUUAAGACGGAAGAAAAAGCUCAAUUCCGUCUGAAGAAGGAACAAAAUGAAAAAAAAAAAAAAAAAAUUUUAACACACUUGUGCGAAAUUCUUGUAAACUCCGACACGAACUAUGUACAGGAAAUACGUCUAAAGUAUAUAAACAAAUUUUAUCAGUCAAAUGAUAGGGAAAAAAGACACCUAACCAAUCAGCAGCAAAAGGUUAAUUGUAACCCCCACGCCAUUAUCCCUCUAAGUAACAGAAAAACCUUCAUACAGGACAUACUAAAUCAAACACAGAAUUUAAAAGAUUUGUCAAUACUUAUUUGCAUUAUAAGAAAAGCAUCUUCCUUCCACACGUUCGAUUGCUCCAAAAUUUUAGACGCCCUGUUGAGAAAGCUUUAUUCACAUAUUAACAAUUUUUCCGUGGCAGUACAACCCAACUGUGCACGUAGUGUGAGGCACUGCGCGUCCUUAACCCUAACCGAUCAGAAUAAAAUAGAACAGACCAAAACGGUAAAAAUACGGGACCUUCUUUAUUCCUUCUACCAACUUGUCUACCUCCAGCGGGGCCCGAAAAUCCAGAUUAUUUUUUUAAGAAUUCUGGCCAUCCUUGGGAAAAAUUACGCAUACCUUGGGAAGGACGGCCAAGGCGCUUGGGGGAAAGCAGCGAACGAAUUCCAUGCGAACCCUACGACUUCCACCCACUCCCCUGUGCAAAACCUCUUCCUCUGUAACAAAGACAUCGAGCAACUCUUCUUCCUCCUCAGUAAGAAUGCCCACCUGAACGGCCACUUUAUCCACCCCCUAGUUAUGCACUUCUAUGUGAAACUGUUCGGCCUGAACCCCGCAGUAACCUACUUUAGCAAAUUAAUUAAACAAAACGGUGAAGCAAGUUGUGCCUUCUGUCCCAUUUCUAUGUUCCCAAAGAGCUCCCCAUCCUACCUCAAUUUUUUAAAAAAAACGGAUGUGAAAAAUUAUUUCCACACGUUCUACCAAGCGCUAUGCAUCAAAUAUUUGUUAAAAAGAAAAAUAAAAUUCCCUGAUCAUCUGAGCAGCUUUGACCAUAUUGCAUGCUCAGGUGUGACCCACGCACCUCAUCUGAGCCAUGUUCUGCUUUACCAAAAUAUAAUUAACAAAAUAAUCACCAAGUCCUUUUAUCUUUAUCAAGCGAAAGUCAAUCCAAAGGGUAAAUACACUCACAAAUGGCUGCACACAACUACAAACAGUGCACGUCAAAAAUAUGGAAAUAAUUACAUAUAUCACUUUACCAAUUGUAAGUUUUUUCAUUUAACAUACGUCAGAGCAAUAAUUCGAGGAAGAAAAAGCGGGAAGCAUUUCGGAAAAUGUGCACCACGUGGUCUGCGUGGAAAGGAGGCGACGCAGAAAUUAUCAACCCAAGCAGUACCUUUGAAGUGGUACCCGCAAAGGGAAGGUUCCGCGUGA